AUGCCGGAGGAGCUCCGGUUUAGGGAGAUCCGUCGCGCAGGGAGGGAGCGAGAAUCGGCUGCAGAUAAUGGGAGCGGCUCCUUCACGGCGCUCCUCGGCCUGCCGGCGAGCAGAGCGAUUGAGCUGCUCCAUGAGGUGGAGACCGGCCGCGGUCCCUUGAUCCCGUUCGCGGAGGUCGAGAGGAACCAGCAGCUCCUCGGUGGAUCUUGCUUCGCCGGCCUGCCGACCUUCCCUUCCGAUUCCGAUCUCGUGGAACGAGCGUCGAGGUUCUCCGUCUUCGCCACGGAGGACUCCCCGCGGAUGCCGAGUUCCGCCGUCUGCUCGGCGGAGGCGGUCAAGACGGAGCGGCCUGAUUCGGACUCUAAUCCCAACUCCCCCCUGCAACAACGGCCGCCGAAGAGGAAGGGACACUGUGACAAGAAGAACAAGGUAACGGCAUGUGGUGUCUUAGGGCUGGAGUUCCUAUUUUUCAGAAGCUUUUGUAGAUAAGAUUUCUGGCCGUAGAUGGCGCCAAGGUCGGUGACGUUUCUUCUUCUCUCUGUAGCUCAAGGCGUCCGGCAAGAGACCGAAGAGCAGGUCGGAGGGCGGCAUCUCGAAGACCGUGGAGGAGAAUGACGGCGGCGAGGAGGAAAAGCUUCCCUAUGUCCACGUCCGAGCUCGCCGCGGCCAGGCCACUGACAGUCAUAGCUUAGCCGAGAGGGUAAUGACAACUACCGCUACCCUAUCCCCGGGAUUCGUGAAUACUCCGCCAUUGAUCCCCUGCAGUCACAAGGAUCAAUCGAAUUAAACUGUGGUCGCGUAUUUGACCCCCUUCUUCCCCGGUCUUCCCAGGCGAGGAGGGAGAAGAUAAACGCCCGGAUGAAGCUGCUCCAGGAGCUAGUCCCCGGCUGCAACAAGGUCUCUCUCUCUCUCUCUCGUGAAAUAGUUAGAGAAAAGUAGGUAGCUCUGCCCGGCCGACCGCGGUCUAUGGAGAACAUAAUGGCAUUUACGUCAAUUCCGCAUCAUCAGGUGUUGGCCCUCUUGAUCGAACGGUAUCCGAUGAUUUUACGUGGCCAUGUAUCCUUCACCCCCCGCCCUCACGCGUCUCUAUCAAUGAAGAGAAGACGUAGGCGAGUUUUUUUUUCUGUGGGGCCCGUGGCCGCUUUUCAAUGGACGACGGGACCCACACGGCGCCAGGCCGUUCUACCUAAUGUACAGCGUGAAGGAUGCGUUGGAAGUGGACCUUUUCCUAAACAUAUUAUAUAUGAAUAUUUAUUUAUUUUAUCUUCUUUUUUCCAGAUCUCGGGGACGGCACAGGUGCUGGACGAGAUCAUUAACCACGUUCAGUCCCUCCAGAGGCAGGUCGAGGUGAGAUACCCCACCUGCUCGCUUAGGUCCCACUCUCUCUCUCUCCUCACUCUCUCUCUCUCUCUCUUGGUGGCAGUUCCUGUCGAUGCGGCUGGCCGCGGUGAACCCCGGGAUCGACUUCGCCGGGCUCGACAGCUUUCUGGCCGCUGUAAGUACUCGUCCUCGUCCUCGUCCUCCGUGGGGGGGAAGCGGUACUCUCGGGAAUCUCCAGCCACGGCGGGGAGCAGCGUGGCGACCUUGCUUGGCCGGCGCAAUUUAAUUAUGGCCUCGGGGGCAGCAGUCCCCGUUUCUUCCUUCCCGCGUCAUCAUCGCUUGAUUCUGAUUUUUGAUCUUUAAUGUCAGAACGGAGGGGCACCGAGGCCGGAGCAGCCGGCGCUGUGGCCGGAAGCCCACCGGCCAGUGCGCCUGGCGGACAUCCUGCCGAAGCCUGUGCCGCAGUCGUUGUGGGGGAGGGGCGUCGUCGUCCUCCCCGGAAAUCCCAACUCUGCUGCGACCCUGUAA